CGGGCGCUUGGGAGGGGCAGUUGCUAUCGGCUUUUCCCCAAGCGGUGGCCGAGUGCUUGGCUUCCGGGAGCCCGGAGAAGCUCAGCCGCACUCUGCUCACUCGUGUUCCGCCUAAUGGCGGCAGUGAGGCAAUGGCAGCCUGCUGUGGAUCGUGGCUCCCUUCCAUGCGUGUUGGUGUGAAUAAGAGGAGCAAAGUCUGGCAUUGCAGACUGCCCAUUUUUCUGUGCUGCUUGCUGCCGCUUAGUUAAAGUGCUGCCUGACGAACGUCUUUCAAAAGCAUUUGUGUUAGGGAAGAGCAGAAACGCUGGUCCAGCAGCUCGCCAGUGGGCCUGGUGUCACCUCAGCAAGUCGCUGUGUCACCAAGGAACCGACAGGAGCAUCCAUUAGAAUGAGGAUGAAAAUAUCCAUCCUUCAUGGCAAAUAGGAAAAAUGUGCAAAUUAGCAAUGUGAGAUACAGCUUCUAAACAAACCAAUUAAAUGGGCGUGAGCAAUUUCAGAUUUUGGCAGUACUGUGGACCCACCUUGUGAUGGGAGCUCGCUUCUUGCAUUCACAGCUGUUUGCAAAGACUGCAGCGUUGUGUUACUGUUGCAGUAAGUGAACAUAACAAUCACAGAAUGUCUUGGGUUGGAAGGGACCUCAGUGCCCACCCAGUUCCAACCCCCUGCCAUGGGCUGGUUGCCCCCCACCAGGCCAGCUCAGGCUGUCCAGGGCCCCAUCCGCGCUGGCCUUCAGCACCUGCAGAGAUGGGGCACCCACAGCUUCUCUUGGCAGCAGUGCCAGGGCCUCACCGCCCUCUGAGCGAAGAAUUCAUAAAGGAACAUGCUGGUGUAUUUCUGAGGAAACAGUGAAAAUACAGAACCCAAACUUCCAAUGAGGUAAACCAUUGAAGUUAGUGGAAUAAAGCCAAUGUAUUCCAACAAAACUGUUACCUCUGUGGCUAAGAAACCCAGAAAUACCCUUCAGUAAGGGCUACUUGCAGAAGAACUUCUUCAGUAAUGUCAACAGCUGUCUCUGACUUGCAGAUACAAACACUGUGUUCUGACUUGCUGGCAACUUCAGCAAUGGCCCUGCUUUGGCAUUUGUUAGCUGUAAGCCAUUGGAGAUGCAUAAGCUAUUCAUCUGGCAGUUACAGGACUGUAGAUGACAAAAGAGGCUUUUCAGGAGUCCUCUGAAACUCUCAAACAAGACAAAGGUUAUGGUCCCAGUAUGUGCAAAAAAAGUGCAGUUGGCUUAAUGCUGUAUUCCAGUUCAUUAUUUGCUCUUGACAUUGGAUCAUAUAAUCAUAGAUUAACUUUAGUUUGGAAGGGACCUCUGGCAGUCAUCAACUCCACACUUAAAGCAGUGCUAUCACUGAAGCACUUCCAGUUGCUCCAGGUCUUGUCCAGCUGAGCUUGCUCUUGAAGUCAUUAAAAUGGAGUUGGAAGUUGGCUCUGACACUUAGCUAAAUUUGGAGUGUAAGUGUCCAAAAACUUGGAGAGUUGCAGAGUUUUCAUUAACCUUAAUGGAGCAUACUCCUCAAUUAACUGAAUGUUGUGAGUUUUGUGUCAUAUAGUUUUACAUUUGUGCUAUUGUCUUCAAUGUGCAGUUUUUUAUAUCUAAUAGAUACUAUCUUGCCCUGCAUCACACAGAUUUUCUCUUAGUGGAUACAAAAAUGAAGUAUUUUUUAUGUAUCAUUUAUCUGUAGAUUAACAAAAUUAAAAAGGAUGAUAAACCACUUUGAAUUUGAAAGGUUCUUAAUAUUUUACCUGAAUAGUGACUUAUUUUUUCUUAUUUAUUUGAAAGCUAAAAAACUGAAUCCUCCAUUCAUAGAGGUGCAAUGUGAUCAGCUUUAUUUCUAUGCCUUUAAUAAAAUAAAGCCUUUUCCUGUGCAAAAGCCAGCUCUUGUGCCUUACUUGUACAUGAAAGGCAUUUAAUGUACUAUGAGUCAAGCUUGAUGGCACGAAGCUAGCUGAUGUAAGCUUUUAUCUAUUCUGAUAUAUUCUUGUGAUGUCACAGUGUUUCUUAGCCUGUGAAUUCAGCCUUGGAAGAAAUCUCAGCAUUAUUACUUCCACUGCACAGUGUCUUCUGGUCCCAGGUAAAACGUACUUUACAGAAGUCUUAAAUACAGUGAAAAUCACCUGGAGGAGGUUAUCUUCUAAAUCGAAUCUCUCAAGACCUGCAGCAAAACAACUCUACAAAAAGAGACACCUUCAAAGCAAAAAUGAGCAUUGGAGGAGCUUACAAUACCUUUAACAUCAGCAAUGGAACAGAUCUAGCUGUUGGAUUUACUUCUUCCACAGUAGCCGUUCUUCUAUUUGGGACAAAUUUUGUGCCUGUUAAAAAAUAUGAUACUGGUGACGGAAUGUUCUUCCAGUGGAUUCUCUGUGCUUCCAUAUGGAUAGUUUCUUUGGUGGUCAAUUUAAUCCAGAAUUGCCCCCAGUUUUGGCCUCUGGCUAUGGUAGGAGGUUUUGUGUGGGCUACAGGCAAUGUCACAGUUGUCCCUGUUGUUAAAACCAUAGGCUUAGCUCUUGGUCUUUUGAUAUGGGCUUCUUUUAAUUUGCUGACAGGCUGGGCAAGUUCCAGACUUGGAUGGUUUGGAAUUGACCCAGAAGAGGUAGCAAGACCAGUCUUAAAUUAUAUUGGAGCUGGACUUUCACUGUUAAGUGCUGUCAUAUUUCUUUUUAUAAAAACUGAAGUCCAAACUUCUUCAGCUUCAUUAGAAAGCACGCCAUUGCUGAGAGAAUGUUCCGUUAAUGCUUCUGAAGAUACCUCUGAUGACUCAUGGGUGAACAGACUUUCUCCAGUAAAAAAAAGAUUUGUAGGAUGUAGCCUAGCUGUAGUAGCUGGAAUACUCUACGGUUCCAGUUUUGUACCAGUACUUUACAUCAAGGACCACGGAAGAAGAAAUGAAACUAUAUAUGCAGGAGCAAGUCAGUUUGAUUUAGAUUAUGUUUUUGCACACUUCAGUGGAAUAUUUCUUACAAGUACCAUCUACUUUUUGAUCUACUGUGCAGUCAGGAAAAAUAAACCUAAUGUUUAUCCCCAAGCCAUACUACCAGGGUUUGUUUCUGGUGUGCUUUGGGCAAUAGCCAAUUGCUGCUGGUUCAUCGCCAAUCACUAUCUCAGUGCUGUAGUCAGCUUUCCAAUAAUUACUGCAGGAAACAGCAAGAUUGGACUCCAGCAGAUGGAUAAUGAGCUGUUGCACCAUGAAAUCACUUCUGAAAACAUUAAAGGUGGAAAACAUCUCAGAAGCUGCAGCUUUUUGUUUAGUGACAAUUUGCUAAUGGAAAAAAUAUUCAGAAUAUCAAAUUUUAGGGCUGCCAUUGAAGCACUGCAAAGGAUGUCAUCUGUCCAAGUGACUGAUGUGUCUGCAAAGUACCGUGACCCUAACUAUGCAAAUACCAGUAUGCAUCUAUAUAGGCAUGUAGGAUACACUCUGAUUUAGAUACUUAACUGAAAAAGAGCUGGUAGUCAUUACAAGUAGCUGCCUGAAGAUGUCAACUGUGUGAUCAGCAUGUCUGAAAUUAUUAAACAGUAAAUGAUGGAAUCCUUAGAGUUGGAAGGAACCUUUAUGGUUGUCUAGUCGAACUCCCCUGCAAGGGUAUCUUGCAACAGCAGCAUGCCAGUGUACAACUUCAGCCUACUCAUCUCAAAAAUAAAUGUACAGUGGCAUUUUUAGAAGUCAUAAAUACUGUAACCUUGACUUAUACUGUAGAACUCCUCACCCUGAAUUAGAGAACCAAAAUGGAAAAAUGUGCCAGUAAGUUAAUGUGAAUAAGGAAUGGCUAGUCACUGCAUUGUAAUGCAAGAACAACUGAGCAUUUAGCAAAGUUAUCAGAGCAAAGAUUUAAAAGAUAAAGUGAUUUUUCAAAGACAGCAUAGUUUCAAAUUUAAACUUCUCAGCAGAUGUUGUAAAGAUGAGUAUUAUAAAUAACCGCUCCGAGACAGAUCUUUUGCUGACUUCUACUAUUCUAUUCUGUGUAUAGAAUGUUCAAUAUUCAUUUUAUUAAGAUGAUAAUGUAAAUUUUGUGGCUGGAUCAAAUCUAUCUGCACCUUUCCAGUGGAACUGACGUGUGAUGCCUAGACUGCUAGUCUAUCACUUAGAGUCUGUUCACGUUGAUCUAGAAUGUUAAAGUCAAUCCAAAUUUUACUGGAAAUUCGGAAACAGCCUCUGGUUGAUUUUAUAAUAAAUAUUUCAAACAAA